CGCAGGCGAAGCCAGCGGCUGAUACAUAGUGAGCCAGCGCAACAUGCAUUCCCAUUCCCACGUACGAAUACGACCCGUAUAGCUGACGCGGCGUAAUACCAGAACCCGCGCGAUGUGGGAAUCGUAAUAUUAAGUUAGAAUAUUCUCAUCCUUAGAGAUAAGCACUAGUUUUUAGUCUUUUCAUUUAAAUGUAACUUUGAAUAUAAUUAUUAUAAGGAUAUUAUCGCCGACUAGUUUUCUUCCAUCCACCUCCUGCGAGCCUAAACAUUACUGGCGCAGUCGGUAGGAUAAGCUGUACCUGUAGCUGUAUCGGACAACUGUGACGGAGAACAACUUAUCCUGAGAACCUACCAUUCGGAGGCCGCAGUGUAGUGGAGAAUCUAAACUUCGAUUCGUGGAAAGAAAUAGAUCGGCGAUGCGGAUCCUCCUUAUAAUCAAUCUACUUCUGCAGCCAGUGGUAAUGCAGGAGAUCCAACUUGAAAAUCUCAGCGAUGGACCCGGCUUGCUACCUUUUAAAUUAGGAAGUACCUUUAUUAUUUCCCAUUACCAUUCAUUUGUACAAUGUAUUAAUCUUUCGGAAUUGCAAGAGAAAAUCAGCUCCAUAAAUGUCCAACUAGAUAGCGUCACUCCUGAUUUAAAUAAUAAAACAAAGAACUUAUUUGAACCUCAUUUAAACUAUUUAAAGAAAAAACUCCUGAGUGUGCUUGAGCAGCUUCAGAGUUUCGAAACAACUCGAGUAAAAAGAGGACUCAUAGAUGGUCUCGGAUCUGUCGUUAAAAGUAUUACUGGUAACCUCGAUUAUACUGAUGCCUUACAUUAUGAUAGCAUUAUAAAAUCAUUGGAAGAAAAUGACAAUAAAUUAGUGGCCGAAUAUAAUAGUCAUGUUAGUAUAUCCAAAGACUGGAUGACGCAGUAUGCAAAGGUCGUAGAUAGUAUUGUAGAAAAUCAAAAUCGAUUAACAGCCUUAGUAAGUCGAAUAAGUCAGAGCAAUUCAGAAAGAGAUUCUGAUUUAAUAAAAUAUGCACAUUUAGCACAAGUUCUUCUCAUUCUUAGUGACAAUGUAGAUUCAAUUUCUCAAGAAGUUGUGAAAUUACAAAAUGUAUUAGGUUUUAUCAAGGUUUCGGUUGCACAUCAUUCAGUUAUAAGCUUAAGUACAAUUAAAUAUUUAGUUAGUAGGUUAACCAGUCUUUAUGGUACUGGUAAAAUUAUAUCUUUAGAUGAUAGAGAGUAUUAUGAUAUUAUAGGAUUAGGUUCGUAUUAUGUAAGAAACGAAAUAUUCAUAGUUUAUAAAUUUCCUAUAAUUCUAACCCAAGUAUAUGAUAUGUAUAAAUUAUCCAUUGUACCCAACAAGAAUCAUGAGAUCCUAAUUCCUUAUCAUCCAUUCCUGGCAAUAAGCUUGAACGAGUACAGGUACAUAGAGGCUGAAUGCCCGAAGACCAGCAAGGGUUAUCUAUGUGCCGAUAUUAGAAGCUUACAGCGUGAACCUUCAAAUCAACCAGAUUGUAUCCAACAACUUAUAACCGCCCAAAAUAGAAGCAGGCCAAGCAAUUCAAGUUAUGGAUUUACCUAAAGAAGAACCCUAUGACUCAAGACCAUCUCCGCAUUAUGAAUUGAAGUCCACAAAACUGGAUCACCUACAUCAUG